AUGGCGGUGUGCUGCUUCUUGUGCAUCGGCGUCUUCUCUUACCUCCUGUCAGCUGAACGCGUUGCCGACAAGCGACUGCUGCACGAGGCCGACAGCUUUCUGACUCGACGUCACGGGGCCAGGGAGCCUGAGCAGCGGGAGAAGCAAACCAAAGCACCGCUUGCUGGUCUCGGAGUGCAGGAGACAUCAAAGGGCACGCGAACGGAAGCCAAGGUCGGCCUUCCGAAGUGUUCGGACGGUGUCCUCCAGCUCGACGGGGUCUACGAGGUGAAGCAGCAGGAGGAGGUCCUCGUGGAGGGGCCUUCGUGCCGAGUGACGGGAAGUGCCGAGCUGCUGCUUUGGGCGCCCAUCCGCUUCCGGGGCAACCUGGUCUUCGCAGGGCAGGUGAGCGUAAAGGCUGCCGGCGACGACGGCACGAUAAGUGCCUCGUGCAUCGCCGUCAACGGCAACUUUACAUUGCGCCCAGAAGCUCGCCUCAGCAUUCAAGGCUGCCAGAACGAGGCUGACGAGGAGGAUGCAAACGAAGGAGGCUGCCUGCGCGUGCGCGGCGAUGCCGAACUUCUGGGCGGCCGGUUGCUUCUGCGUGAAUGCGCUGCAAGAAAAAGGGGUGGCGGCAUCGACGUCGGAGGCCGGAUCGGCAUUUGCUGGAAAAACGCCAUCUUCGAACGCUUGCGCGUGAAGAGCUCUGAGACACACUCAUGCUGCUAA